AUGAUUUUUUUGAUAAGAAGGGGAAGGAGGCAUUGGGAGACAACCUUGCUGCCGAAACUGGCAGCCAAGACACCUCCAAACUCAGCAUUCAAUAAAGCAGAGGCCAUGAGUUCUCACUCAAAUAAUCCUCAACAUGAGGAACCCCAGGGAAGUGUCAGGGGCGCACCCCAUCUCAAAGUCGAUGUCAUCCCCAUGUGGUGGAGUCAUAUCUGCCCAUUGCAGGCCAACAACCUGGUGUUGUAUCAAUGGCAGGAGGCUCGCUACACCGAUCCCUUCCAAAGACCAGUCGGUACAUCUUGUCCUGCGGGUUGUGGAUACUUUACCACUACCACAACCAUCCUUUACAACCACCACCGUCAGCCAAUCGAGACCAUUUCGGGUAUCAACCAUCUACCAGGUCGUCAUAUCGAUACUCAUAUGUUGUGCUGUCACUGUUGGCACUGGGAGGUGAAUAGAUUGGUGCCGCUUCAAAGUGGUGCAUCUGGAAAGCUGCGGAAAGUAUUGGGGGUAAACUGCUGUGCACACUGCGCAUCUCAUGCAGACUUGCUGAGGAACCAUCAUUGCGAUCAUUGUGUCACGUACAAUAUUUAUGGGGAGAUCAAUCGGUACAUGAAUGUCGGUCGAGACAGGCCUGAGAACUCGGUGAGUUGGAGGCAUGAGAAGGCCGAAAUGGCGGCGAUGUUAGCAGGAGAGGGGUUUUAUAGCGGGUGA